AUGUUACGUGAUAGUGACUCAGACCCUGACGACCCACAAAUGGUUAAAAGGUUAAAAAGAGAAAGUACACCAGUAAAAAAACUAUCCAUCAGACAUGAACUACCAAAAGAAAAGCGUUCACAUCACGCAAAACAACAUUUUCGUAACGAGUGGUGUGAGAAACCGGAGUAUAAAAGUUGGUUAACUUCAGUUAAAGGUAAGCCACUGAAAGCAAAAUGUAAAGUUUGCAAUUCAGAAUUUCUUUCUGAAUUAACUGUAAUUAAAAAUCACGGCAAAGGAACAAAGCAUUUGCAAAAUUUAAAAUCUUCAACAAAGGUUAGCAUCGAUCAAAUGUUUGCUAAAAAGAAAAAUGAUCCAAUUGACCAAUUAGUAAAAUCAGCUGAAACUAAGUUAUGUGGAAUGAUUGCAAAACACAAUAUAUCGUUUAACUUUGUUGAUCAUCUUGUAGGCGUACUUAAAUCAGCUAUUCCUGACUCAAAAAUUGUGAAUGGUAUACAAAUGGGAAGAACUAAAGCUACAUCGAUUACAAAAAACGUUAUUGGUUCUUGUCAUUUUGAAAAUCUUAUACAUAAAAUGCAAACACAAUAUUUCAGUAUACUUAUUGAUGAGUCAACAGACAUUGGUGCCUUGAAAUCCAUGUGUAUUUGUGUAAGGUAUUUUGAUACAAAAUUAAAUCAAAUUCAAACAAAUUUUUGGAGUAUGGUGCAAGUAUUCACUAAUGUAGAUGAAGCAGUUUCUGGUGCUACAGGAGAAAGGUUGUAUGAAAAAACCAUAGAGUCAUUUGUUCAGAACGGUGUACCUAUGGAAAAUAUUGUAGGAUUUGCUUCAGACGGAUGUAACACAAUGUUUGGUCAAAGUAAUUCUGUGACUAGUCGCUUAAGAGAAAAUUUACCUGGAUUUACAGCCUCAUAA